AUGACUGUUACAGACGGCUACCGGACUGAAGGUGAGAGAGUACCUGGUACUUCCUGCGACUACCUCUUCUCCAGAACCACUACAGGUCACAACUCAACCUCUGGAGUCUUCUAUUCCCUAGGAUACCCUUCCAGUUACCCCAGGAAGGCUAGAUGUGCCUACAACUUCAGGGCAAGCUGCCUAGAUCGUGAAGAUGUGAUCAAGGUGCACGACGGAGGCAGCGCACUCUCCCCCGUGAUAGCCGUCCUCUGCAACCAGAUGUCCAGGACGGAGAUCAUAUCCAGCUCUCACCAGAUCUUCAUCGAGAUGGCCACGAGCUCCUACUGGCCGGGCCAUGGCUUCGUAGCGUCUUACCACUUUCUCACUCUGGAAUCGAGGCCAGAAGAUGAGGAAAACAAAGCAGUAGAGGGUCCGGCAGUUAGUGCAACAAGGUACAGCUGCGAAGUGCUGAUAAGAAGCGAAUACCGAAGGGCUGGAACCGUGACGUCACCAGGGUACCCAGGACCGAACCUGAGUGGCUCGCGCUGUAGGUUCGCUUUUAUUGGCUCAGGGAAGGAGAGGAUACGCAUCCAUGUAAAGCACUACAACCCGAGUUUGUAUAGCUGUGGAAUUCAACUGUUCAACCAGAUGGAGGGAAAACGUAAACCAAUCCCGAUACCUUGCCUCCAGGCUGGACCAUGGCUACCGAUAAUGUCCAGUGGUCAUCGCCUCGAAAUAGAUUUGGACAAUGAAACUACUAUAUUUAGAGCAGAAUAUAUUUUUCUCAAGAGUAGGUAUAGUGCUGAUGAUUAUCUUAGCGGAAGUUUUCACAGCCCGAAUUUUCCUGGACCUUAUCCAGUAGCGACUGAGUGCCAUUAUUUUUUUCAUGGUGCAAGAGGCCACAGAAUAAGAAUACAUUUUUCAUAUUUUGACAUGGAUGGAGUAUCUCCCUGUAAUAGUAAAACAAGGAGUGAUUAUAUCGAGUUCUUUAACUUCCCCGAUCGGUUAUCGAGGAGGCAUUGUGGUCAAUUAGAACCAUUUGAAGUAUUACUAGAAAGGAGGUUCUUCAGAGUUACAUUCCGAUCGGGUUCGAAAAGGGGAAUGGGUACUGGGUUCAAUGCUUCCUACCAAUUCCUCAGCUAUCCCAAGCCAGCGCACCAUGGACUUCUCCCUGUUUCUUCUUCGGCUAAAUCUUUAAACGGCAUCAUCUGUCUUGUCAGCAUAAUUGCCUUUAUUCUACACUGAAUAAGUCAUUGUGAUAACUAUAUUUAUACAUAAUUGAGGAACUUCUAUAAAUAAAAGGAAAAUUUAUUUUACUAAAGUGUUAUUUCAAAAAAUGAUUUAGUGUGUAAGUAGAUUACCAAAGUUUUGUAAUUUAAUGUAUAAAAUUAAAAUAGAAAAUCCUUAGCUUUUUAAAUAUUAUGUUACGAUGAGCUAAUUUGAAAUUAUGUAAUUUUUUCAGAUUUUUGUGUGAGAAAAGUGUCAAUUAUGUGAGAUUUUGGAUGAAAGAAGUACUAUUUUUCUAUGGUAAUUUAAGUGAGUAUAUACUAAUACAAAUAUUUAAUAUUUUAUAAUAUUAAAAUUAUUAUUUUAUGUAGAGAAGUAUUAUUUAAAAUACUAAUAAUUUUUUAACAACCAGAUAAUAAAACUAUUCCAAAAAUAAAAUCAUUUCUCACCUUGAUAAAAUCCUACUGUAUUCAAUAAUAAUAAUAAUAAUAAUAAUAAGGCUUAGCGAACCCGAAGGUUCGAUGCCGACACCACCAAUCGCUUGUUACACACCUCCCUCCACCGUUCGCCGUCCAAACCCAGUCCCUUCAGAUCGGCUUUAAUGCAAUCUUCCCACCUUCGCUUCGGUCUACCCCUCGGACGCUUACCAUUCGGCACAGCAAAUAUUAACCUUUUAGGAAUUCUCUCGUUACUAAACCCAACAACUUUACAAGCCCAUUUGAUUCGCCGCGAUGAAAUUACCUCAAUUAUAUUACCCGAAUACAGCUCAUGCAAUUCGGCGUUGUGUAACCGUCUGAACUCUCCGGUUAACUCAUCCUUCUUCGGUCCGAAUAUUCUACGCAAUACUUUAUUUUCAAAAACCUUAAGACGCUGCUCAUCCCUUAAUGUAAGCGGCCAAGUUUCGCAUCCAUAAAGAACUGUAGGCAAGAUAAUUGUUUUAUAGAUUCUAAUUUUUAAGUUUCGGGACAAGAGGCGCGAACUAAGUAGCUUUGUCACAGAAAAAUAACAAGCAUUCCCCGCCUUCAGUCUAACCUUA